AUGGAGGCCACCAUCCCUUCUUGCCUCCACCUUUUCCUCUUCUUCUUCUUCUCCUCCCCCAUUAUAACACAGCCUGCCCUCAUCCAGGACCCAUCCGCCACCACGAUGACAAUAACCAAGGGAGACCCGUUCAUCGCCCCGACCAACGUGGCCAACCAGACCACUCCUGGCUAUGUGGAGGCAACUCAAAACACCCCUCUAGAGACGGGACUGUCCACUCCCGCAAGUGGUGGAGACGCAGAUGACGAGGAUGUCCUUCCGGCCAGUGGGACCCGUUGCAUGGGCUACUACGACGUGAUGGGCCAGUGGGACCCGCCGUUCAACUGCAACGCCGGCGUCUUUCUUUACUGCUGCGGAACCUGCUUCUACCGGUUCUGCUGCCAGUUCCGCCAGCAGCGGCUGGACCAGAGGAUCUGCUCCAACUACGACACGCCCAUCUGGGCCAACACCGGUAAGCCCGUGGCCACCAUUACUGAGGGCCAGGAGGACCAGGACCGGGACCGCACGCACCUCAUUGUCUACAUCAUCUGUGGAGUGGUGGCCAUCAUGGUGCUGGUGGGCAUCUUCACCAAACUGGGCCUGGAGAAGAGCCGCGGAGUAAGUGGAGGAGGAGGCGGAGCAGGGGCACAGCAUGCAGACCUCAACUCCAGAACACUGACCGACCUGCUGAAGAACCAUGGGGGCGAAGUGAGCUCGGUGGAAAACGCCACGGCCAGUUCACCCAAUGGAGGCAGAGCCAAUGGCGUCUCAGCCAGGAUGCUGCGCAGCAGGAGUGAGCAGUACCAUCUGAAUAACUCAGCUUAUGGGCCGUUUGGACAUGGGCUUCCACACCCGCAAAGCAACCACAGCGCAGUGGGACUGAACAAAUACACCUCGCUCAAAGCUGUGGCUGACAGCGCAUCUCGUAGCUACUACAAGAGCUUCCCACUCAUGGACUUCUCUCAAUACCAACCGGUGGCGCCUCCUGCCUUCCAGCCUGUACCAGUUCCACCCAAAGAGAAGUCCUACAUCCAUCAGCCCCUGCCAGCACACCACGGCCUCCAUGCCCCGCUGUCCAUCUCCAUCCCCUCCAGCCAUCUGGAGCACUCGCACCUCCCGAAGGCCACCACACACCAGCUCCUCUCCAGCUCGGCCUUCAAAGUCUGGGAGCCGACAAGCCGCCAUGUCCACAGGCAGGCGUCUGCCCCGGGGCGAACGUCCUCCAUGCACAGCUCCACCCGAAGACAUGGCUACUCCACCCGGAGGCAGCAGAGCAUAGAGAACAUGUCGGAGCUCUUCGGUCAGCCCUAUGGAGGGAUGUAUGGAGGGGCUGCGGGGGGAGCGGAACAGGGGCUGCCGCAGCAUAUCCAGGGGCAGCACCCAUCUCAACCCCCCUAUUACCACCAUACCAGGCAAAAGAGCUACUCCACCCACAGUACGACUGAGGUGACCGUUUGA